GUGCGCCUUAUAGUCCGGUGCGCCUUAUGGUCGUGAAAUUACUGUAAAUAUCUAGAACUUGAAACUUUUAUGCUAUUUAAUGCUUGUAAAGUGUUUGAUGCUGCAGAAUGUGUGUUAGUGUUAAACUCUUCUGAUCAAUAAAGUUUACAAGGGAAAUCAGUGGUUAAGUUGUAUAGGAAAAAUUACUAGAAAAUUCAUGUAAGCAUUGUCUUAAGAAAGGGCAGAUCAUCUGAAAUUGUGUUAUGGCCAGGAUUGUUUAUUUUUUCUUGUGGGCUAAUUUAUGAAGUCGUAAUUUUUCUCUUUCUUUGGCCUCUUAUUUGCCCAUGUCUGGGUCAUAACAGAGCACAUGGGACUGGUUUCUUUCUGGUAUUUAUACUGAAAAUUUCUGCUCAAGCACAUGGGGAGUAACCUGUUUUGUAAAACAAGUAUCUCCAUCAUGCAAUUUGAUUUACUUUGUAUUAAGAAGAUGUCUUACUGCUUGGGUGGUAAUAAGUUGCUUGAGUCACAUUUUAAAACCUUCAGCCCCCCUGAGGCAGGAUCAGGUGUUUACAUGGCUCCUGAGAUUUUGCUCAAGGGAGCUGGUAGGUCCCAGUAUUUACUGCAGCCUGGGCUGGUGUGAUGCAAACACAGCCACAAUGGCCCCAACGAGUCUGUUCUCCUUGGGAUGGGCUGUGUGAGGCAAAUAGGUUGCUCUGAACACACAAUCUAGCUGAAGAAGUCUCUGCUUUUUGCAGGGGAGGGACUGGAUUAGGUGCCCUUGAAAAGGUCCCUUCCAAAUCAAACCCUAUGAUUCUAUGAUUAAAAACUAUUUUUCUUAGGUAGAAUUUGUAUUUCUAGUCUAUUCAUGUGAGUUUUCAAUUGGGCAUUCCUGCCAUGUUACACAGGUUGAAAUCCAUCAACAAAAAUCCAUCCUGGGCCUGACCCCUUAGUUCCCACAUGUUCACUAGGUACAGCUUGAUGGCAUUUUGGUUUUUUUUCACAGUCUUGUCCUUUGGAGAGCUGUGCUCAGUGAGAAGUGAUGGCUAGAACGUUUCCUUUCUCUUGGUAAGACUCGAUGUUUGCUACUGAUGAAUUUCUCUUCUUGUCUGUAAUGUUCCCAUUGCUCCAAUCUCUCUGGAUCAUUUGCAACCUGAGUCUGCCUCCUCUGUUUGCUCCCACUCUGAUUUGGGUGCCAUCAGCAAGUUUGGCUGCCGUUGAAUUUAUACCGAAGCAAUCCGUGACACAGAUGAGGCUCAUGGCCGGGUUUGGCCCCCGCUGCAGCAGCCCAGCAGGGGCAGCCCCGGAGUUUCUGCUGGGCGCUGACCCGUGCGCUCUGGAAACCACUCGGGCUGCUCCUGCUUCAGCCGUGCCGGCAUCCAGCUGUGAAAAAGAGGGGCCCAGGGGCCGCACCAGGUGCUCUCUGAAGUACCAACAGCGUGGUGAGAGGCACGACAUGAGGCUGGGCUACAGGGUUGUGUCAGGACACGUUUUGCAUAAACUUCACAUGAGAGAACUACUGCCCGACUUCUAUUCGCAGCCGGUUGAAGCUGCUUGUCCAUCCGCAUUCACAGAAAAAAAUACCAAGAGUAGGGAGCAGUGAAGUGUCUUUGACGAAACUUCCUGUUGGAAUGCCUCACAUCAAUGCAGCUGCAGCUCUGCAGAUUUCCAUGCUGGUCUUGGCUCUUCCUGCACAGUAUUUCAUAUCUCAGUGGUACGGAACGGACUCUGCCGAGCGCAUCCAAAGAACAGAAAGGAUGAUUGCCUCUUGGAGCAUCUCAACAAGAUCUUACUUGAGUCUGGAUGCAUGGGCAGAUCGUUUAAAGCUGUGGCUCUCAAACACAAGGAAUUGGUACUAUGGAGAGAGCAAAACUAAAAGUGGUGAACAUGAAGCAAAACUCCAUUCUUAUUUUGCAGAAUCAACUCAUGUUCACAGUCCAAAGCCUGAAUAUAUUAAGUUCUGUGUGGGCCAGGUAAUAAUUCACAGAAGAUUUGGCUACUCAGGAGUCAUUGUCGGAUGGGAUGUAAAAGCUAACACUCCAGAAGAACAACUGCAACCCAGAUAUCCUCCAGUGAAACAGGAUCUAAAACAUACUCCUUAUUAUCGAAUUCUAAUUAACAAAGCAAAUGGAAUUGGAAAAUCUACAGCUUAUGUUCCUGAGGAAGAGAUAACAGUUAUUAUGGGAUUAGAGGUGCAUCACCCUGAUAUGGAAACCUACUUCAGUGGAUAUGAUGGAUCAAAAUACAUUAUGCAGCCAUGGUUGAAAAAACUCUACCCUCAUGACUGAGUACUUCACUGUCUGUACAUGUAAUGCACAUCCAGACAACAGAUGUCCUUUUUAAACUUGAGCAAACAGACACCAGGAUAAAAUGUAUAUUUUUUUCCUAUGAUAAAAUAAAAUAUUCCUAAGCAGAUUUUAUAUUGAACACUCAAUUUCAUCAGAAGUGAACACACUGCAUGUUCAGUUUGCUAUGACUCAGCAAUGGGGAUUAAUUUCCUUCCAGUUUUGGGAGGAAAGGUGUAAACGUAGAGCAGUUUCAGCUAGGAGUGCCAAAUGUUUGGCACGUCAACUAUGUUGCUGUUUUACAGGGGCCAGGAACAAAAAUAA